GCAAGUUAAACGUUAGCUAAAAACACUCGGUGCUUUUUUUGACAAACGUUGUUAAAAUGCGACUUAUAAGUACUUUGUGGUAAUGCUCUUUCCGCCAUGCAUGUUAAGUCUAGUAUAUUUCCUUGAGAGGACUUACCCUGCGUUUUUAAAAAGUUGUAGUUGUAUUUCCUUGAGGACUAACGUUAGCUUUUUGUAGCUAACCAAGUUACAGCUGGUGUUGUCAACGGUAACCUAGCAGCCGAAGCAUCAUGGAAACUUCAGGAUGGAUGUUUACUGACAUUUUAACACACAUCUACAUUUAACUUAUCUUGGCAAGCGGUGUUAAAUAACAAGAGACAUUUGCUUACAACUUUCAAAAGACAGCUAGCUAAUUCAUGAACUCAAGUGGAAUUUGUUGUAGCAGUUAGUACUGAUUUAACGUACCUAAAAGUAAUCACAAAUGUAGUUAGCUAGUGUCUAAACCAAUUUCGUGCUACAAGGCAAUGUUAAGUCAUGUUUUCUUAACUCCAAAGAGCUAACUGACCAGCUAACACUGACAUUGUGUAGCUGACAGGUUUUUAUUCUGCACAAUUCCUCGUUAAAUAUUAACGAACACGCUACUGCCAAGAUGCCUGCUGCUCUGGACUGGGAUAAAGUGACCAGAAUUGAACCAGAGAGCCUGCUUGAAUGUGAAAAUGACCAAGUGGACGAAGUCUUCGGCAUGUUUGUUUCGACGGAGGAUUGGGAGGUGAAGGAUAAAGCCCCGGAGAACAUCGUUCAAGUCCUCAGAGUGUUCCAGACCCUAUUAAAGAUUAAGGACCAGGAAGCUACUAUUGCCGCCAACUUUGUCGAGGACAUUGGUGUAAAGCAUGCUAAAACCGAAAAGGAACUCCUCGCCAAGGUGUCAAGGCUGGAACGAGAGCACAAGCACUCCGGCACGGGGCCAGACAGCCGCUUUCUGAGGGAUGAGAUCCGGCAGCUCGAGACCCAGCUGGAGCAGAGGGAGAAGGAGUUGACCCAAUUAAAGAAAGACAUGGGGAAGGAAAAGAACACAACCGAGGAGUUGCUCGUGCGAGCAGAAGAGGCUGAGGAUGUGGUCAAGAAGCUAAAGAGAGAGGUAUGUGACUGCUGGCACUACAUGAUACAGACCCUGACUUAUUCUUCAUCCUUUACUUCAUCACUCAGUCCAUCAUCUCUAAAAAAGCGUAAGAAGAAG